AUGCUUUCAGCGGCCCUUCGUCAACGCCAGCCCGGCGUCAUGGGUGCAGCCCUGACCAGAGCCACCGCGCCCACGGCGAGGCACCAGAGCCGGUUCCUCUCGUCUACCUCGGUUUGCCGCGCCGAUGAACAACUCAACAAAGUCUCGGCCAACAUUACCCAGCCCAAGUCGCAAGGCGCCUCUCAGGCCAUGCUCUACGCCACCGGCCUGUCCGAGUCCGACAUGAACAAGGCCCAGAUUGGCAUCUCCUCGGUCUGGUACGAGGGUAACCCCUGCAACAUGCACCUCAUGGACCUGUCCAAGAUCGUGCGCGAGUCCGUCGCAAAGGCUGGCUUCGUCCCCUACAGGUUCAACACCAUCGGCGUCAGCGACGGCAUCUCCAUGGGCACCAAAGGCAUGCGGUACUCGCUUCAGAGCCGCGAAAUCAUUGCCGACAGCAUUGAGACUGUCAUGAAUGGCCAGUGGUACGACGGUAACAUCAGCUUGCCCGGCUGCGACAAGAACAUGCCUGGCGUCGCCAUGGCCAUGGGCCGCGUCAAUCGGCCUAGCAUCAUGGUGUAUGGCGGCACCAUCAAGCCCGGUUGCACCAAGAAGGGCGAGCUUAUCGACAUCGUGUCCGCCUUCCAGGCCUACGGCCAGUACAUCACCGGCAACAUUACCGAGGAGGAGCGCUUCGACAUCAUCCGCAACGCCUGCCCCGGUAGCGGCGCAUGCGGCGGCAUGUACACAGCAAACACCAUGGCCACCGCCAUCGAGACCAUGGGCUUGACGCUGCCUGGCAGCAGCAGCAAUCCCGCCGAGGACGCUAGCAAGCGCGCCGAGUGCGAGAGCGUCGGUCCCGCCAUGCGCAACCUGCUCAAGGAGGGCAUCAAGCCGCGCGACAUCUUGACGCGCCGGGCCUUUGAGAAUGCCAUGAUUGUCGUCUCCAUCCUUGGCGGAAGCACAAACGCCGUCCUUCACCUCAUCGCCAUUGCCGAUUCGGUCGGCAUCAAGCUGACCAUUGACGACUUCCAGAACGUCUCGGAUCGCAUUCCUCUUUUGGCAGACCUGAAGCCGUCCGGCAAGUACGUCAUGGAAGAUGUACACAAGAUUGGCGGCACGCCAAGCCUCCUCAAGUUCCUGCUCAAGGAGGGCAUUCUCGAUGGCUCCGGCAUAACUGUGACCGGCAAGACCAUGAAGCAGAACGUUGAGAAUGUGCCGGACUUCCCCACCAGCCAGGACAUCAUCAGGCCUCUUACGAACCCGAUCAAGCCCACCGGGCAUAUCCAAAUUAUGCGCGGCUCUCUCGCUCCCGGAGGCUGCGUCGGGAAAAUCACCGGCAAGGAGGGCCUGCGAUUCGAGGGCAAGGCUCGCGUCUACAAUGCCGAAGAUGACUUUAUCGACAGCCUGGAACGGGGAGAGAUUAAGCAGGGCGAAAAAACCGUCGUCAUCAUCCGCUACGACGGACCCAAGGGCGGCCCGGGAAUGCCAGAGAUGUUGAAACCCUCGUCGGCAAUCAUGGGCGCUGGUCUGGGCAAGGACGUCGCUCUUCUCACCGACGGGCGGUUUUCGGGCGGUUCGCACGGCUUCAUCAUCGGCCAUGUUGUGCCCGAGGCCAUGGAGGGUGGCCCGAUCGCUCUUGUCGAGGACGGAGAUCAUAUCGUCAUCGACGCCGAGAAGCGGGCGAUCGACCUUGAGAUCACCGAGGAAGAGAUGGCACGGAGAAGAAAAGCAUGGAAGGCGCCCCCGCCGCGGUACACUAAGGGCACGCUGAAGAAGUACGCCACCCUCGUGAGCGACGCCAGCUCAGGCUGCGUCACCGACGGACCCAUUCAAAGAAGCGGAUGA